GAAACGCGUCAGAGCAGCGGUGCCUUUCAGCGGCGAGCAGAGCAUCCGCGGCGUGUUUUAACGGUAACAUCUUUCAAAACCUCGAUCUUCACUUAUUUAUUUAAGUCAUCUUUAGCUUCACGCUGUCAUCGGCCGGCGAAGCAGCUGGCCGAAACCGUUUUUUCAUUUUUUCCUCGUCGACCUGAAGGCCUCGCGGCGGCCAUGGAUUUUUAAGGCAUAAUGCGGCACCUCUAAUGCAGCGGCAAUGCAUCGUGCACGGCAAAACCAACCGCGUGAUUCCAUCUUCGCAACUGCCAAGCAGUUGGGCUCAAAUACCGUCCGCGGUAUACCUACGAGCCAGCCGGUACCGCUUCUGCUGGACCGGAGGAAGCUAACGCUAGUAGCUAGUUAGUCCCACAAGCUAGCGAAGCAGACUAGAGAUCCAUCGAUUCAUCUGAACGUCAACAUGAAGCCUCAAGACAUCACCGCCGGGAAGAGCAGCCUGUGGAUCUUCGGGUACGGGUCGCUGGUGUGGAAGCCGGACUUCAGGUACAAGAGGAGCCAGGUCGGUUACAUUCAGGGCUACAAGAGGCGCUUCUGGCACGGAGACAACUUCCACCGCGGGAACGACGAGUUGCCCGGAAGAGUGGUGACGCUGAUCGAAGACGAUGACGAGAGCACCUGGGGCGUAGCGUUCGAGGUCUCAGGCUCACAGAUGGAGGAGUCCCUGAAGUACCUCAACGUUCGCGAGACGGUCCGCGGCGGCUACAUCACCAAGAUGGUGGAUUUCUUCCCAGAGGGGGAGGACCAGUCUCCGGUUCAGGCGCUGGUGUACAUCGCCACCUCUGACAACGCCCUGUACCUGGGGCCGGCCAGCCCGGAGGAGAUCGGCGCCCAGAUCGCCGUGAGCCGAGGGAAGACGGGCCACAACCUGGAGUACCUGCUGCGGCUGGCCGAGUUCAUGAGGAGCAGCUGCCCACAUGUGGAGGACCACCACCUGUUCUCCAUCGAGGCCGCCGCGCUGACCGUGGUGUCUUAUCUGUUAGCAGCCCAGUAGCUCGUACCCUCCAUUUCACUCAAACACUCAGACGAGGCUUUUGUCUGUCACUCCACCUGUGUUUUAUGUUCUCUGCAUCACACCACCAUCAUUUAAUGCACUACAGUGGUAAAAGGGAAGCAUGAUCCCAUCUGCACAUUGUAAUAAACCUGUUUGAACAGCAGCUAAAAAAUGUUCACACCAACGUCUGUUUUUUUACUUUAACGGUUUUUUAUUUGCACCGGUUGGAAUCCGUCCAGUUCAUGUUCCUGUAACUCGUGAUGUGUUUUCAGACCUGUUUUUAAAGAGUAGUUUGACUACUUGUUCAUCUAAAGUCAAAUGCCAAUAAAAAACUGUAAGAACA